UUAUUAAGCGCUGACGGUGUGAAUCCGCAUACGUUAUCAUCGGCUGGUUCUUGGAGGGCCCACUUGUCUGUGUGUUGUUGAGAGCCCUAUCGUGUUCUGCCUGCUCCGUCCCCAAGGCCCAUCUGUUCUCACAUCAGGGCGCUGUGUCCGGUGGUGACACGAGUGAGGCCUUGUGUUGUCCACUCCUCACGAGGUCUUGUCCGCUGUUCACUGUCCACUCCUCGUGAGUGUCCACUUUGCGCACAACAAAAACCCGGACAUUACAAUUGACACAGCUUGACGCACGCAAAAGCCAGGAUGGUCGAGCAGUCAGCCACGCUGCCCCAAGUUCUGAAGCACUGGGCGGAGACAGAGCCGGACAAGGAAGUGUUCAUCUUUGUGGACAAACAGAGCCGCCUGUCGCAGUGGACGCCCAGAAGUCUCUACGUCACAGCGGGCAGGUUCGCCGCCAGACUCAGGAGCUGGGGGUUUGUCAAGGGUGACGUCAUCGCCAACAGCCUGGUCAACUGCCCCGGAGCGUCUGGUCACAGACUUGGGUAUCAUGAUGGCGGGUUGUGUGGUCCUGAACGUACAGGUGUUGGAGAAAGAUGGUGCCGACUUGUACCACAUCGCCCGCCAGGCAGACUGUAAGGCUAUCGUGUUUCCAGACAUUCCCGGAAACUCAGCACACAGACUCCUAGCUCCUCAGUGUCGGGGCCCACACACUGCACACUCACAGCCACAUGACCUAGCACUCCCACAAUGCCCUAGUCUACAGAAAGCUAUCCUGAUUGGAAGAGGUACGUCGGGCAAACAGUCAGAGGUCGGAAAUGACGUCAGGGAAGGCUCUUUUCUAGAGAGUCUUCUGCUGCAGAACGAGGAGGAAGCGGUAUUCGUGGAGCAUGGCGACUGUGAGGACUGCGUGUAUAUUUUCACCACUUCUGGCACCACGGGCUACAGUAAGCUAGUUCCUCGAACACACGCAGAGGUCUUGAGGGCGAGCCGCGCCUAUGAGCCGACCAAGGAUCUCCUGUCCUACAUCGACAGACCUCUAGGGUGGGCUGGUGGUUUCCCUUAUGACUUCUUCGGAUUCUGCACACCGCGGGUGGUACAGGACGCCUUCUUUGGGCAGCAGGCUGUGCUGUCAGCUGACGUGUGGGCGGUGCUAGAGCGAGAGUCAUGUGACGCGGCCGCGUUGUUACCUUUGACCUUGCUGGAGAUCGUGGAUCACUUCAAGGGGGGCAACCCACCCAGACGGAGGCUCAAGUGUAUCAUCACCGCAGGACAACCCAUGAAAAAACCCCACAAACGUGCAAGUCCUACUACAAGUUGUCUCCCCCUAGCCCUGCCUUCACCCCGGACGGCUGGUACGUCUCCAAAGACAGGGGGAAAUUAGACAAAGAUGGCGUCCUGUGGGUGUACUGCCGGUCUGGUGACGUCACGUCACGUGGCUCCAUUCUGGUCUACCACAGCUGGCCCGAGAAAAUUAUCAGCAAAUGCCCAGAUGUUGCGGACGUAACCAUGGUGAACUUGAAGACGGAACAUGGCGACGAGAGGCUGGUGGCAUGCGUCAUGCCGGUGAAGGGUUCGUCUCUCACGGAAUCCGCACUAAACGAGUUUUACCAGAAUUGUUUUAUGAACGCGGAUUUAGGAGGAGAAUUUUACCCAACCGUUGAUCAUGUGAUGUUUUGUGACGUAUUUCCGGUCACUGCAAACGGCAAAGUAGACAAACGACAGCUGGCACAGGAUGCACUUGGCAGGUUUCCAAUUCCAAGUUCGACAAACUGAGGGCUCCAUGACAUUGUGGUGGAGCGGUCAAUGUACAUGUACUUGGUCUGUAAUCUGGAGGUAUUGUGUUUGAACCCCACUUAAAUCCUGACUAAUUAAAUACGUUGUAGAUCUAUGUAUUUCUUUUCUUUCCUCUCUGAAAUAAACAGAGCUCUGUCUCAGGCAGGGGUUGAAUUUUUACUGUCGCAUCUUAUAUCUUCUGCAUAAAGAGGGCAUGUAAAACAACAUUUUUAAAGAGCGCUGAAUGUUAUUUUUGUUAUUGUAGGUUGUUGUUGUU